CUCUGGUGGUGCGCCGCCGCCGACGCCUGGCGUGGGAACAGUUGGCCGGUUGGGCUGCUUCUUCGCGCGACAGCGCACCAGCUGCAGAGAGCCAAGGGCAAUUUCUAUGGUCUUCUUGCUCGUCAGUGCCAUGACGGCGACCGCGUCAAUCGUUCAAUCCGCCGGUCCUUGUGCUGCCAGCCGCGUGCGUGACCGUCUCGGUCGUCUGCUGCAGGCCGCUGCCAAGAAUUUCAAGCAUUCAGGAACAUUCUAGCUAAGCUUCAACCUGAGAGCGCCCGUACUUCUUUUAUUUUCACCGAAUCCCUCUCAACACGCUGACUUUGAUGCUGAUUCUGACCUGACCUGUACUCGUGUCCUGCUCGAAGACUCCUUACAAUUCGCCUAAAAAGUCUCUCACAAUGGCAGAGAAGAGACCGCGCGUUUUCUUCGAUAUCAGUAUCGGUGACAAACCAGCCGGUCGUAUUGCCUUCGAACUUUACAACGACAUCGUCCCGAAGACCGCGGAAAACUUUAGAGCGCUAUGCACAGGAGAGAAAGGCGUCGGCAAGGCCGGCGUGCCUCUACACUACAAAGGCUCAACCUUUCAUCGUGUGAUCAAGUCGUUCAUGUGCCAGGGAGGUGACUUCACAGCCGGCAAUGGCACAGGUGGCGAGUCGAUCUAUGGAGAGAAGUUCGAAGAUGAGAACUUCGAAUUGAAGCAUGAUAGGCCAUUCCUGCUGUCCAUGGCCAAUGCAGGCCCUGGCACAAACGGCUCUCAAUUCUUCAUCACCACCGUCAAAACUCCACAUCUGGACGGUAAACACGUGGUCUUUGGCGAGGUUAUCAAUGGCAAGAGCGUUGUGCGUGACAUCGAGAAUGGCCCCGUGGGCGCGAGCGACAAGCCUUUGAAAGAAGUCAAAAUAGUCGACUGCGGCGAGCUUACCGGUGAGGACUAUGACAAGGCUACGGAAAAGAAGCCCGAUCCUUUGGGCGAUCAAUACGAAGACUAUCCCGAGGAUCAAGGUGAAGACAUUCCUGGACCGGAGAUUCUGAAGAUCGCCACAACGUUGAAGGACAUGGGCAGCCAGGCAUUCAAGAACGGCGAUUAUCGUCUAGCGUUAGCCAAGUACCAAAAGGGCGUUCGCUAUCUAAAUGAGUACCCAGAAGCAAACGACGACGAUCCACCCACUCUAAAUGCGGAUCUGAAGUCCACCAAGUUUGCGCUGUACAACAACUCGGCCCUGAUGCAGAUCAAGCUUAGCGAGUGGGAGGGGGCCAUCAAGUCCGCCACAAACGCCAUAGAUAUCCCGGGUGUGUCUGACGAUCAGAAGGCAAAAGCGUACUACAGACGCGGACUGGCUCGUGCGGCGAGGAAGAACGAAGACGAGGCUAUUGCGGAUCUGGAAGCUGCGCUUAAGCUGGCGCCCAAUGACGCCGCGGUCAAGAAGGAGUUGGCAACUAUCAAGGCGAAGGCUGCGGAACGUUUAAAGAAGGAGAAGGCUGCCUACGCUAAAUACUUCCAGUAACGUGAUGCUCUCCCAAAAGGAUCAUUUUGAGCCUCGCUUGCUUUAUGUAAUGAGGCCGUGGACCACAGGGUAAGCUGUCAGCUUUUCAGCGUUCAGAAAGAUUAAAAAAAAAAAACAACACAGCAUGACACACGAAUGAAGAUAUGCAUAGAUUACAUUAUCAAGAGUUCAAAUCAAAAUUUCUUGAGCUGCGAUUCUCCACCAUGCGUCGUCUCACGUGUUCUGUUUUGUUUGGAAUCAUACGGUCCGUCUA